AUGUUGCCACAAAUAACUACAAUGGAGAAUUACGAAAAAUUAUUUGAACUGAUGACAUUAGACGAUGAUAAUGCCUAUAGUAUAAUAAAGAGUAGUGAAGAAACCAGAAUAAAGAAAAUAUUGUACAAAUCUAAACAUGACCCUAACUUACUUCCAAGUUAUUCUACAUUUAAUUUAAGAGGAAAGCGAUAUAAUGUAUCUAACCCCACGGGAGAAUUAAUUAAAAAAGUAUCUGUUCAGAAAAGAAUAGAAGAAUUACAAACUAGUUGUGAAAAAAAAGUUUUGAAAAAAGGAGAAAAAAAUCAAAUGAUAGCUUCUUUAAAUGAAAUAAAAAAGAAAAACCCAAGUUUAUUAACAGUGUCAAAGAAAAAGAAAAAAUAUAAAGAUCCUUUACCUGAUCGUAAUGAUAUACCCUUAAUGAAUAUUACAGAAGAUAUCGAUUAUAUAUAUGAUAAUGCUGUGCAAGUAAUUAAUUCAAAACCUGUUGAGAAAAAAAAAAAAAAAGGAAAAGUUUUAAUCGAUGAUGAUCCUUUAAGUAAAGAAGAUUAUGGAAAGAUUAGUCCUUAUCUUAUAAAAAUUAAGGACGAAUUAAAAGAAAAAGAAAAUUUAAAAAAACAAGAUAUUAUUGAUGAGGAAAAAAUUACUAGAGAAAUAAAAGAAAAAAGAGAUUACUUAUUAGCAGAAUUAAAAAAUAAAUAUAAUGAAAUUAAUAAAGAAUAUUUAAAAAUAUCACAUGUAGUUGAUAUUAAUUCAGUCAGAAAAUUGAAGAAAAAAGAAGGUUAUGAAAAACAGCUGAACCAAUUAGAAAAAGAUAUAUUAAAACUAGAAAAUCAAACUUAUUAG